AUGGGUUCAGUCCUCAAUGCUAUCUUGAAGGUUAGCAGUCUUGUCGCCGCUUUACCUCAAACUGCUACAAAUGGCAAAUCCGUUUUGGGUACUCUGUCUGCUCCAAAGCUUGCCGAUUUUCUGACCAAUAAUCCUCUGGUGAACGGGUAUCCUUGGGGAAAUCGCGACGCCGUCCACACCAACCCUUACGAGCAGUCACCCACUACAGGAGUCACCCGUUCUUAUGACUUCACAAUUGCUAGAGGAAAUAUCGCUCCAGAUGGUGUCAACACAAGCGUGCUGUUGAUCAAUGGCCAAUUUCCUGGACCAACCAUUGAAGCUAAUUGGGGGGAUAUGAUCACUGUCAAUGUGCACAACCAAAUCAGCAAUCCCGAAGAAGGCACUUCGCUGCAUUGGCAUGGAAUUCUGCAGCGUGAAACUCCCUGGUAUGAUGGUGUCCCCUCGGUCCAGCAAUGUCCGAUCGCUCCGGGCAAAUCUUUCACCUACAACUAUAAAGCCGAUCUCUACGGUACUACUUGGUAUCACUCGCACUACUCAGCCCAGUACGCUGGGGGCUUGUUUGGGCCCCUAAUUAUCCAUGGUGAGCGAGAUCGGUCUCCUGUGGGACCUAAAAAUGAACCUUACGAUAUCGACGUAGGGCCUGUCCUCCUCGGCGACUGGUUUCACAGAGAUUACUUCGACCUCGUUAAACAAACCAUGCAACUCUCCACCCAGCCCCCGGUGUUCUCUGACAACAGCCUCAUCAACGGCAAAAUGUCGUACGAUUGUUCGCUCAUCACCGAUGGCACAGCCUGCACUCCGAACGCAGGUCUCGCGAAAUUCAGUUUCACAUCUGGCAAAAAGCACCGUCUCCGCCUCAUCAACGGCGGCGCUGAAGGUCUCAUCCGUUUCACCAUCGACAACCACACGAUGAAGGUAAUGGCGAACGAUUUCGUUCCGGUCAAACCUUACGACACAAAUAUGGUCACGUUAGGCAUCGGCCAACGUACCGACGUGAUCGUCGAAGCCAAAAUGCCGUCCGACUCCGCUGUCUGGAUGCGUUCCGAUUUGUCCCCAAACUGUGCAAUCGCGAAGAACCACAACGGCCUCGCCGCCAUCUACUACGAAAAAGCCAACACAACCACCAAACCCACUACCUCCGCUACGCCGUACGACGAUAGCAAAUGCGGCAACGACGACCUCGACAAAACAAUCCCAUUCUUCCAAUUCCCCGCCACCCAAAACCCCGCCACCACCCAACAAAUCGACAUAACCCACAACAAGAACGCGACCGGAUUCACCGUCUUCCAGAUGAACGGCGAAUCCUUCCGCGCAAACUAUGAUCAUCCUCUUCUCAUCGCAGCGAACCAGGGCAACACAUCCUACCCCGACGACCCGCAAUGGAACGUCUACAAUUUCGGCACCAACUCCUCCGUGCGCAUCAUCUUCCGCAAUCUCGACAACGCCACACACCCGAUGCACCUGCACGGGCACAAUUUCAACGUCUUGGCCGAGGGCGUCGGGGUCUGGGACGGGAAAGUAAAACAUAUUGAGAAUACGCAACGGAGAGAUUCGCAGAUGUUGCAGGCGGGCGGUCCGGACGUGCCGUCGUAUUUGGUCGUGCAGUAUGAGACGGAUAAUCCGGGGGUGUGGCCGUUUCAUUGUCAUAUUGCUUGGCAUGUGUCGGCAGGAUUUUACAUUAAUGUGAUGGAGCAGACGGAGAAAAUUAAGCAGAAGACGCUGCCGCAGAGUAUCGGGCAGACUUGUAUGGAUUGGUAUGAGUAUAGCGGGCAUAAUGUAGUUGAUAUGAUUGACUCGGGACUUUGA